AUGUGUUCUCAAAAAGCAGAAAUGGCUCAACAAAAAACUACUGCACCACAAAGAGAACAAGCUGAUAUUUAUAUCAAAAUGUCACAUCCUGAAGAUCAUUAUACCAAUGAGCUAAAUAGAUUAUUAGAGAAUAAUAGUAUUGAGCACUAUUAUUCUCAUGAUCUUAUCCAUUUCAAGGAUAUUGGCACUGGAGGAUUUGCUUCUGUUUAUGUAGCAAAAUGGAAUAAUACACCAACAAAAUAUGCAGUUAAAAAAUUUGUUGACAAUAAGGAGAGGAUCGGGUGGAUUUCCGAAGAACAGAAAAAGGAGAAACUAAGGUUUCGGGUGGGCCUCCAAUCUUUGGAUAAAGCGGAACCAAGAUUCGUCUCGGGUGGAUUUCCGAAGAGUGAAAAAAGAAGAACAAGAUUCGUAAGUACGAAUCUUAACGGAACGGAUUGGUCUCCCGGAGUAUUUGGUUAA